CGCGCCGCGACUCCGGGAAGUCACGCUUGCGCAGUCCGUCGCCCUGGGAGCCGCGCCAGCCCGUCUCCGCCGUGGGGGACUGGGCAGCCUCGGCCCCUGCGCUUGCCGUCUUUUCCGGCAGUUGGGGCUCUUCCUGUCAUCUUCACACCCGCAACCGCCCCGCGGCCCCCUACUGCAGAGUGCCUAACGCGUCCCCUCCCCUCCUCCGGUCGGCUGGCAGCUGCUGCGGGGCUUUCGCCUUUCCUCACUUCGAGACCGCUGGCCCGGCUGGCGUCUGCGGCUGCUCGCCGCCCCGAGCCCUGCCUCUCCCCUCAGCCCGGGGCUCCGCAGCCAUGGCAAUGACAGGUUCAACACCUUGCUCGUCCAUGAGUAGUCACACAAAGGAAAGGGUGACAAUGACCAAAGUGACACUGGAGAAUUUUUAUAGCAACCUUAUUGCUCAACAUGAAGAACGAGAAAUGAGACAAAAGAAGUUAGAAAAAGUGAUGGAAGAAGAAGGUCUCAAGGAUGAAGAGAAACGACUCCGGAGAUCAGCGCACGCUCGGAAGGAGACAGAGUUUCUUCGUUUGAAGAGAACAAGACUUGGACUGGAAGAUUUUGAGUCUUUAAAAGUAAUAGGCAGAGGAGCCUUUGGUGAGGUGCGGCUUGUUCAGAAGAAAGAUACGGGCCAUGUGUAUGCAAUGAAAAUACUUCGUAAAGCAGAUAUGCUUGAAAAAGAGCAGGUUGGCCACAUUCGUGCGGAGCGUGACAUUCUAGUGGAGGCAGACAGUUUGUGGGUUGUGAAAAUGUUCUAUAGUUUUCAGGAUAAGCUAAACCUCUACCUAAUCAUGGAGUUCCUGCCUGGAGGGGACAUGAUGACCCUGUUGAUGAAGAAAGACACGCUGACGGAAGAGGAGACUCAGUUUUAUAUAGCAGAAACAGUGUUAGCCAUAGACUCUAUUCACCAGCUUGGAUUCAUCCACAGAGACAUCAAACCAGACAACCUUCUCCUGGACAGCAAGGGCCAUGUGAAGCUUUCUGACUUUGGGCUUUGCACAGGACUGAAAAAAGCACAUAGGACAGAAUUUUAUAGGAAUCUGAACCACAGCCUCCCCAGUGAUUUCACUUUUCAGAACAUGAACUCCAAAAGGAAAGCAGAAACCUGGAAAAGAAAUAGACGUCAGCUAGCCUUCUCCACAGUAGGCACUCCUGACUACAUUGCUCCUGAGGUGUUCAUGCAGACCGGGUACAACAAGCUCUGUGAUUGGUGGUCGCUGGGGGUGAUCAUGUAUGAAAUGCUCAUUGGCUACCCACCUUUCUGUUCUGAGACCCCUCAAGAGACAUAUAAGAAGGUGAUGAACUGGAAAGAAACUUUGAUUUUUCCUCCAGAAGUGCCUAUUUCUGACAAAGCCAAGGAUCUAAUUUUGAGAUUCUGCUGUGAAUGGGAACAUAGAAUUGGAGCCCCUGGAGUUGAGGAAAUCAAAAAUAAUUCUUUUUUUGAAGGUGUUGACUGGGAACACAUCAGAGAGAGACCUGCUGCAAUAUCUAUUGAAAUCAAAAGCAUUGAUGAUACCUCAAACUUCGAUGAGUUUCCAGAAUCUGAUAUUCUUAAGCCAACAGUGGCAACAAGUAAUCACCCUGAGACAGACUACAAGAACAAAGACUGGGUCUUCAUCAAUUACACCUACAAGCGCUUUGAAGGCCUGACUGCACGGGGGGCGAUACCUUCCUACAUGAAAGCAGCAAAAUAGUUUUCCUUGGAAAGGGAUCCUAAAUCGAGCAGAGUUCUUUGUACAACAUCAUGGUUUUCUUCUCACAUACUCUUUUGAAAGAGUUUCCAGGAAGUUUAUGGAACCCACCACCGUGGUGAAUGUGGUGAUAGUAAGUGGAUUCUCUUGCAUAACAUCUGAUGACCGGUGGAACAAAGACAACCGUUUCUACUAUGCUGGCCAUGAACGGCUGUCCUGCUUCUUUAGAAGCAUCAUGAGCCAAUCUGAUGUUUUAAAAAAACCUCAAAUUUUCCUAAGUUCAUCAGAACGAAGGGGGAAAAACAGCCAUCAUCCAACUUUGAGACUGUAACAUAAACUUAUUAUCAGCCAGUUCUGGGUUUCUGUGACAUGCUUCCUGUCAAGCCCACCAAGUAUUUUUUUUAUGGCUGAAAGUUCAUAGUACUAAAGGAAAUAAAGCAAUAAAGAGCGUCGGCAGCCAGCAUUCUGGCUGAAGAAAAUGACCCGCCAUUCUGAAUGGGUGGUUAUGGUGGUUUCUCCCCAGACCUCAGCCUCUGGCAAGUGGCUUUUUAUAGCCUCCAAUCAUGGUGCACUUUAUUUAUGGUACUAGGAUAAAGACUCAGUCCAUUUUGAUUUAUUUGCUCCUGCCCAUCUAAAAUAUUCCUGCUGCUUUUCUGAGUGUUGAUGGAGGAGGCCAGCUUGAUCCAUCGUUGCUCUUAGAAGGCCCAAAGGCUGCUGGGCAUCACCAAGGAGUCUCAGAUUGCAUGGAAAAUUCUCACCUUCUCUUCACGACUGUAUCAGAAAAUCCCUUUGGAUAUUGCCACGGACCAGCAGUACUCACAAGUGCUGCCAACAGGACCUCAGCUCCUUCCUGGGAACACAGCAGGUGGCCGGGAACCCUCUUGGCUAAGGUGCUGCUCCUGUUGUGUCUCCAGGACCUCCUGGAGCGGUGAGGGAACCAGCCCUGUACACAGUGCAGGGCCAGCCUGCAGAUGCUUGUACAGCUCACGCCUCAGUCCCUGGUGCCACCGUAUUUGUAUUCUCAGUGUUUUUCCUCUCCCAACUUUAAGUAACCAUUUUGCCUUGGAAUCAUUACAAAUUUUUCCUUUGCAGAUGCCUUCCUGGGGGAUGGUCCUCUCCACCCUAAAGGGUCACUUGCAGGCCUGGGCUGACCAGGCCUCUCUGCUGGGGUGGUCUCUGAAGAGAGACCCUCUGAAUUUUAGCACGAAGUGCCUUUUCUUUCACAGCUGCCACCACCUUUAGAGAACUUUUGCUGCAUCAGAAAAAUGUGGAGGCUCCAAAUUAAUGCAUUAUUGCUUUAAAAAAUUUUGAUGACUCUUAAAGCGUCAUUUGCACCUAUGUGAUAACUUUGCAUAUUGCAGAGUGUCGUGGCCAAGUCACAACUGGGAGACUGCUUCCUGCCAGUCUUGAGGUUGUAAACAUCAGCUAUGAAAGGAAAGUAUGUCCUAGCUUAGCCAUUCAGGAAAAAAAAAGUAGUAUCAAAGUAACAGUAGUAAGUGAAACUGCUUUGGGUUUUAAUGACUUAAGAGAAAGGAAAAAGAAUUUUAGGGAAAUAUUAACUCUGGAUGAAGAUCAUGUGUUUGCCCCUUAUUCUUUCAUUCAUGGUUUGCUGGUGAAAAGGAAGUGAGAGUCUUUUGUGUAACUAUGUAGUUUCUUUGGAUUACCAAAUAUUUGGGGCCUCGACCCCUGUGUGUUUUGCAAGAGUGUGUGGUAAGCAUGGGUAAUGAGAAUAGGAGGGUGAUAGUCUGUAUGUUGGAAAGUGGCAUGGGAUGAUUUUUCGUGGGGGGUGGGGGAAUGACCACAUUUUAACUUCUAAACUUCUGAAUAAACUGUGUGAAAACAGUU